AUGGGUUUUAGGAGAUUUCUGGCACUUAGCAGUCAGCUGGGACUGCUGGAAAGCGUCACGCAGGGCCCCACGGGUUUCACCACACCGUCCCGCGAGCGCUACGCUCCCGUCUGGGCCGCGGCCUCUGUCCCUGCUGCCGUAGAGACAGAUUCAUUUUGGUAUUGCAGCCCUUUAUAUGAGAGAGACAGCCAGAAGCUGUCAACAGAGCGGCAACGACGCCUGACGUUUCGGGAGAAAUCAGCUCCGAGCAGCGUUUUCCCUCGCUCGCCCUCCCACGCUUCGUCGCAGCCGUACGGGGAGGGCAAACCACGCCACGAGGAACCACUCCUGGUCACUGGAAGUAGCCAAGUCCCACUUGCUAGACCAAAGUUCCGUGGCCUGCUGCCCUCUUCGCUGAAUGCCUGUUAUUUUUGUGCCUGUAAUCGCUUUCUGCAGGGCCUACGCGGCCCUGGCCCUCUCCUCGCCGUCGGGAAGCCGACUGCCCCCGACGCCACACUGCCGGCGCUGCUUUCCCACCUUCCCACGCCGGCCCUGCCCCAGGCGGGGGAGAUGCUGGCGGGGAGAGCAGCCGGCGGAGACCCCCGGGCGCCUUUCCUGAAGGGACAGUUCUGCUACGAACAGGGGUUGUAUGAAGAAGCAUUAACAGAAUUUGAAAAAACGAAGGAUACAGAUUUUCAAGCAAUGUAUCAGCUUGGUGUAAUGCAUUACCACGGACUAGGCACCAAAGAAGACCCUGAAAAGGGAGUGGAAUACAUGAAGAAAAUACUCUGCUCUGACUCCCCGAAAGCAGGACACUUGAAGUUUGCAGCUGCAUACAAUCUUGGCAGAGCAUACUACGAAGGGUGCGGUGUUAAGCAGUCAACUGAAGAGGCUGAGAGGUUGUGGCUUAUUGCUGCGGACUAUGGAAAUCCAAAAGCAAGCGUGAAGGCCCAGAGUACUUUAGGACUGCUUUAUUCUGUGUCGCCUCUAAAAGAUCUGAAGAAGGCCUUCUUUUGGCAUUCAGAAGCAUGUGGCAAUGGAAAUCUGGAAUCACAGGGUGCACUGGGUGUUAUGUAUCUCCACGGACAAGGCACACGUCAAAACACUAAAGCUGCUUUGAAGCAUCUGAGAGAAGCAGCAGAACGUGGAAACAUCUAUGCUCAAGGCCAUCUCGUGGAAUAUUAUUACAAAAGAAAAUUUUACUCAACAGCUGCUGCAGUAGCCAAAAGGGUUACAGAAAGCGACGACAUCGAUACGCUAGCAAAGGUGACCGACUGUCUUCCUGCGUACAUAGCCAAGGGGGUUGCUAUGGCUGCUUUCUACUUGGCCAGAUGCCUCCAGCUUGGCCGAGGGGUACAGCAAGACCAAGCCGCUGCUAAAAAAUACUAUUCUAAGGCAUGCCUUCUGGAUCCAGGUGUUGCUUCUGACCUUGAGCUGGCAGCCAAUCUUGGGAGAAUUUAG